CCAGCCAUGAUUGUCGACCCUGUUGAGGCCUUCAAGGCCACGAGCUCUGUCGCUCCCAUCCCCACCGUUGUCCCUUCUCUCCCCGAGUAUGAGACCGUCACCGAGACCGGCACCCGCGCUCUGUGGGCCGUCUUCGUCCUGAUGCUCCUCUCCAUGAUUGUCUUCGUUGGCCUUUCCUGGACCGUCCCCAUCUCCAAGCGUCUCUACCACGUCGUCACCACCCUCAUCGUCACCUUUGCUUCUCUGUCCUACUUUGCCAUGGCCACCGGCCACGGCAUCAGCUACCACCGCACCACCGUCACUGACUCUCACCGUCACGUCCCCGACACCACCCACGACGUCUACCGCCAGGUCUACUGGGCCCGUUACGUUGACUGGAGCUUGACCACCCCUCUUCUCCUCCUCGACCUGGCUCUCCUCGCCGGUCUUAGCGGUGGCCACAUCCUGUUGGCCAUUGUUGCUGAUGUCAUCAUGGUUCUGACCGGUCUCUUCGCUGCCUACGGCACCGAGGGCACUCCUCAGAAGUGGGGCUGGUACGCCAUUGCCUGCAUCGCCUACCUCGUCGUCAUCUGGAUGCUCGCCGUUCACGGCCGCGCCAACGCCAUGGCCAAGGGUGGCAAGGUUGGCAAGUUCUUCGCUUCCAUUGCCGGUUUCACUCUUGUCAUCUGGACCAUCUACCCUAUUGUUUGGGGUGUUGCCGAUGGCUCCCGCAAGAUGUCUGUCGACCAGGAGAUCAUUGCCUACGCCGUCCUUGACCUUCUCGCCAAGCCCGUCUUCGGUGCCUGGUUGCUCUUCACUCACCAGAGCAUGCCUGAGACUCAGGUUGAGCUUGGUGGCUUCUGGACCCACGGUGUCAGCAGCGAGGGUGCCAUCCGUGUUGGUGAGGAUGACGAGGGUGCAUAAACGCAUCGCUCAACAAACCGCCUAUUUCCGGAAACGAAUUGAGCAAACAAUUCAGAUCAAGUAGUAAGAAAGUGGAGGAUGAUCAGGGGAAGAGUGUUUUCAUGAUUGCAAAUGCCCUUCUGCCUACGACUGCCAUUGCAUGGUCGGCGCUCGCUUUGCCGCAGCAGUAUUCUGUGUAUAUUAGCCGUUAAUGAUAAUGCCGACGAACGCGUGUUUACAACAGC